UGGAAGGGCUGCAGCCUGUGAAUUAUUGUGAAGCGAUGGGAGUUCCCCGAAACCCACUGGAAAGUUGAAACACCAGAUGUGGAUGGCUGUGGCUCACGACAGGAACUGAAGACACUGAGAGAUGCUGAGGUGCGUGCGUGUGUUUUGUGCGUUCCUACGCAGCGCGGCUCAGCUGGGUGCAUUUUUCCGCAUUCACCUAGUGUUCUUCCAGGAUGAAGUCACGCAUAAACAAACGUGGACGUCUAGCACGGGCAACCCCGGGGGCCUGUAAAAGCACAGAGCGCUGGCCCCAGCCCCGGGUCUGGGAUGGAGCCCAGAAUUCGCACUUCUGACAAGUUCCCUGGAGCCGUGAAGCGUCGGCACCUGGUCUGAGGACCGCCCUUUGGAAGCACCGCCUUGCGCUGAGCGGGAGCUUUCUGCAGCGUCUAGAUCGUACUGGUCCUCUCCGCACCCGCACCCGCGCCCGGCUGCGCGUCCGGACUAAACACAUCACCGCCCUCAGGCGCUGGCAGAGGAGCCAGCCCGGUGCGCCGGGGCUGCUUCCGGGUGCGUUCCGACUCUGGCUUUGCGUUCCGGCGACCGACCUUCGGUUGCGCGGCGGCGGGAGGACGACACCAGGGCGCACCCUCGCGCUGGUCCUGCUGGGCGCGCUUCCGGCCGCGCAGGCGCAGGAGGCUGCGUGCCAGACCGGGGGCGGGGACCGCAGGAGCUCACAGAAGCCAGCGCCAUGGAGACGAGGCCCCAGGAGGGCAGGAAGGGGCCCCCGCCCAGGGACGUGCCCCCGGUGGUGGGACUGCUGCUGUCCAUGGCCCUCAUGAACGCCCUCCUCUACCUCUGCCUCGACCGGCUCUUCAUCUCGCCCCGGCGCUCCACUGAGGACCCCACGCGCUGUCCCCACGGCCACUUCAGGAUGGGGCCGAUGAGCAACUGCUCCCCGUGGCUGUCCUGCGAGCAGCUGAGGACAGAAGUGAGGCAGAUGAAGCGUGUCGGGGAAGGAGCCGUGAAGAGAGUGUUCAGGAUGGCGUGGGUAUUUGGGGACAGUGAUCCAGCAAGAAAGAUGGGGACCAGCAGACGCCCCUGGGUGGAACGUGCCUGCUUGUCCGGGGACCAGAGGCAGGAUGCGAGGAAGACGUCAGAGGUGUUUCUGUCCGAGUGGAAGGAACGCAAGGUGGCUCUGUCGCGGCUCACCAGGCUGGAGGUAAGAGACGACUUCCUGCACGGACUGCGGAUGCUGAAGUCGUUGCAGAGUGAGCACGUGGUCACGCUGCUGGGCUACUGUGAGGAUGACAACAGCAUCCUCACCGAGUACCACCCCUUAGGCCCCCUGAGCAGCCUGGAGGCGACGCUGAACCUCUCCAAGUACCGGAGCACGAACACGUGGCAGCACAGGCUGCAGCUGGCCCUGGGCUACGUGGCCAUCAUCGACUUCCUGCACCGCAGCCCCCUGGGCACGCUGGUCAUGUGCGACUCUAGCGACCUGCCCAAGACGCUUUCCCAGUACCUGCUGACCGCCAACUUCAGCAUCGUGCUCAACGACCUGGACGCCCUGCCCCUGGUGAACCGCAGCACCGGGGCCCUGGUGAAGUGCGGCCACCGGGAGCUCCGCGGGGACUUCGUGGCCCCAGAGCAGCUGUGGCCCUACGGAGAGGACGUGCCUUUUCACGACGACCUCAUGCCCGCGUAUGAUGAGAAGAUCGACAUCUGGAAGAUUCCAGACGUCUCCAGUUUCCUUCUGGGGCACGUAGAAGGGAGCGACAUGGUCCGAUUCCACUUGUUUGAUAUUCACAAGGCGUGUAAGAGCCAGACGCCUGCGGAGAGACCCACCGCUCAGGACGUCCUGGACACUUACCAGAAGGUUUUGAAUCUACUCAGAGACACCACGACGCCUCAGACAAGAGAGAUGCUGUAAAGACCAGUGCAGUCGGUGAGGUGUGGGAGUCAAGGAUCGGAUGGAAGACUUCCAGUGGUUCCGCUGUGACGGGGAGGUUUCUGCUGCUUUGCCCCGUGGUUCUUCCUCUCCAUCCGCGUGCACAAGCGAGCGGCCCCCUAUCCUGGCCGCCUGGCAGGAGUUACUAAGCCAGAGCAAACCGGGCUUGAUGGGAGCCCGGCUUCAGGCGAAGGUGCAGAGAAGCAGCGAGUCUGGCCGGUAUCUGGAGGAAGUAACAAAAAUGGAGCUACAAAGAGGCUUCCCUAACACCUAAAUGUGUAAGCUUGUAAGAAAUGUGUGUAGAGAGGUUUUUAAAUUGCAGUGUACGGAAGAAACAAGCUGUAGGACUCGCUUUUUUAGGUGAGUAUUUGCGGUGUAUUUCACUGGUACUGAUGAGGCAUCUCUACCAUUUCAAAUGAUUGCUCUGUGAAGCUCCUGUGCCAUUCCCUUCCCAGCGAGCUUGCAUGCUCUUUGAACUUUUGAAUGGAUAAGGAACAUUUAAAAUAUCAAGUAUGAUGGAGAUUAUAUCUAUGUUACUGCCUUGGAUGGUGCUUGUGAAAUUCCUAUUUACCUUCCAUCUGGAUUUUCUGUGUCCAAAAUUAAUGAUUGUGAACAUUUUAUAUCAACAGUAUCUGUCACUCAUUACCAGAAGGCGUCAAACCCUUGCACUUGACUCGCAUGAUUGAGCCCUUCAAAUAGCUCUUUCCUUGGUCACUGUCAUCCUCGCUUGCAGGGGAUGAUGGAUUUGGUGCAUAGCCAUCAUCACCAGUAAGGGGGUUAAAGCUGGCACUGAGGGGCAAAGACGCUGUGCAGCCGACUGCCUGCCCCUGGCUUGCACAGGCCUCACAGUCACGGGAGUCACAGGGAGCUGGGCCCCGACCCACAGGCUUUGACGCAGUCUGUCUGGGUGGAGUCCGAGACUUCGCAUUUCUCACUGGCUUCCAGGUGAUGCUGGUGCUGCCAGUCUGGGGACCACAUUUCGAGAACCACUGUCCUUAACUGUCAGGGAGUGCAGCCCAGGCAGUAGGAUAGGGAGUAUUGUCAGUAUUAUCCCUGUUCUACUGCCUGUGGUUGAUCGGGCCCUGUGGGUCCUAUGGUUGGUCAGAGAAUACGCUUGCCCAGAGUAUAUUAACUGCUGCUUUUUGUUAUAAAAAUGCUGCCAGAACCCACUAGGAUGUCUGUAAUCAGAAGGAUGGACAAUUACAAGUGUUGGUGAGGAUGUAGAGAACUGGAGCCAUCGUACACUGCUGGUGGGAAUGCCAAGUGUUCCAGCUGCCUUGGAAAACAGUCUGGCAGUUCCUCAAAAAGUUAAAAAUAGAGUUACCAUGACCCAGCCGUUCCACUCCCCAGUAUUUACCUGAGAGAAUUGAAAACAUGGCCAUAAAAGAACUUGUACAUGAAUGUUCAUAGCAGCAUUAUUCAUGAUAGACAAAAGAAGAAAAUAACCCAAAUGUCCAUCCACUGGUGAAUAGAUAAAGAAAACAAAGAAAAUGUGGUCCAUCCAUUCAAUGAGGUGUCGUUCAGCCAUAAAAAGGAAGGAAGUACUGAUACAUGCUCCGACACGGAUGAAUAUGCUAAGUGAAGGAAGCUGUCACGAAAGACCACAUUUGUAUGAUUCCACUUAUAUGAAAUGUCCAGCAUCGACAAACCCAUAGACACAGAAAGUAAAUUAGUAGUUUCUAGAGGCUGGCAGGGGCUUGGGGCUGAAGAAUGGGGAGUGCUUGCUAAUGGGUACAGGGUUUCUUUGGGAGUGAUGAAAAUGUCCAGAAAUUAUGCAGUGGUGAUGGUUGCACAACUCUGAAUAUACUAAGUAACACUGAAUUGUACAAAAAGGGAAAAGUCUAUGGUAUGUGAAUUAUAUCUCAAUAAAGCUGGAACCCCCCCCCCCACCUCUGCCACAAGACCAUGUACCUCUUAUGACCCUUUUCACUUGGCAUAGUAGUUACUGUGUGGAGUUGCUGAGUUGAAAUUACCCUAUUCGUGUUGUAACUCUGGUUUGAGGGUUUUCUUGGUUUUGGGACUUUGCAUUGGGAGCAAAACUUUGUUUCAUGUGAAUUUGUUUUUAACUAUUGAUGAUAGAGCUCAAAUGGACAGCAUGGUGUAGGGGAGGGGACAUGGGCAGGAUCAGGAGACCUGAGGUACAGUCCCAGCUCUGCCUCUGACUCCUGUGUGGCCUCAGACAAACCCAUUUCUGAAUUAGAGAGUUGGUGAGAGGCAUUUCCAACUUCUCCUCUGCCUCUGAGUUCUCCCUGAUGCUUUAUCAUGCCAGUGCCAGACACCAAACUGGACCUGGCCCUUCACGUUCAAUCUUCAGUACCAACAGAACUGCAAAAUCAUAAGAGGAACUUACAUUCUCACUAAAACCUAGGUGAGUUCAUUGCCCACAUAUUCAGCAAAAGUAUAAUCAGGAGAAAAGGCAGAUGAGGUGAGCCAUUCUCAAAGCACAGCCCAGGAUUUAGUGGUCUCUCUGCUAACCUUAUUCCAAGUAUUUUUUUUUUAAAGUCACCAUGGGGACAUCACUGGAGGUCCAGUAGUUAAGACUCUGCACUUCCACCGCAGGGGGCAAGGGUUUGAUCCCUGGUCAGGGAACUAAGAUCCUGCAUGCCGCGUGGCGUGGCCAAAAAAAGAAAAAAAUAUCAUCACUACCAUGUGGUUUAUAGUGUGCUUUCUGUUUAUCUCAUGUGAUGCUACAAACACUCCAAGCUUCUGAGAGCCUCCAGGGAUUGUAAAUUGUUCAGCAGAGACAGGACACAUGAGUGUUCUUAAAACGAGGCACAUGAGGUGGGAGUGGGGUGGAAAGCUUAUCUCACGCAGGACGUGUUAAAAAGGUCCUCUAUGUAUCCACCCUCCUCCCCAUUAUUUUAAACAUAAAUGUCGCUCAGUUUCAGUAAUCACUAUUCUCAUAUGACUUUUAAUCAUUUAACACAGGGGUCCCCGAUCCUGGGGCCACAGACCUGUACCAGUCCGUGGCCUGCUAGGAACCGGGCCGCACAGCAGCAGAUGAGCGGCGGGCAAGCGAAGCUCCAUCUGUAUUUACAGCUGCUCUCCAUCGCUCGCAUUACCACCUGAGCUUCACCUCCUGUCAGAUCAACAGUGGCGUUAGAUUCUCAUAGGAGCACGAACCCUACUGUGAACUGUGCAUGCAAGGGAUCUAGGUUGCGUGCUCCUUAUCAGAAUCUGAUGCCUGAUGAUCUGAGGUGGAGCUGAGGCGGUGAUGCUAGCUAGCACUGGGGAGCGGCUGCAAAUACAGAUCAUCAUUAGCAGAGAGGUCUGACUGCACAGAGACCAUAAUAAAUCAAUUGCUUGUGGACUCAUAUCAAAACCCUAUCAGUGAGUGGCAAGUGAAAACUACGCUGCUUUUGGUGGCAGGCUUUAUAGUGGCAAGUGAGUUGAUGGUACUUCAAUCGUACAGCUGCAUCUGAUGGUGGGCUUUAAGUCAGAAUCCGACACUUAUUUUAGUCCGCGUGUGGCCCGCCCAUUAUUUUAUUUACCACUUCCAUCCGUGCCUCUUUCCUGCACUGCACACUUGUCUCAGUCACAGUUUUGGUAAGCCCACAAGCUAACCCUAGCCAAAAUGAGUAAAAAACAAACAUUGCUGGAGAGCUUCUUUGAAAAGGUGGAAAGACCCAAUGAUGAGACAACAGAAGACUCUAAGACUGCCAACAAAAAGAAAGCUGCAUUUAGAAGAAAAUACCAAGAGUCCUACUUAAAUUACGGGUUCAUUGCAACAGGUGAUUCACAUUCUCCAAGCCUGCUUUGUAUAAUAUGUGGUGAUGGGCUAUCCAACGAAAGCAUGAAACCUUCAAAACAGCUUCACCACGUGGAGACCAAGCACCCUGCAUUAAAAGACAAGGCUUUGGGGUUUUUCAAAAGAAAAAAAAAUGAAUACAAAGAACAGAAGUUCAAUUACUGAAGUCCACCACUUCAUCAAAUGUGUCUGCACUGAGAGCAUCAUACGUCGUGGCUAACCGCAUUGCUAAAGCUAAGAAGCCCUUUACUAUUGGUGAAGAGUUGAUCCCGCCUGCUGCUAAGGGCAUUGGUCGUGAACUUUUAGGAGAGGCUGCAGUUCAAAAGGUGGCACGUGUUCCUCUUUUGGCUGGCACCGUAACUAGAAGAAUUGAUGAAAUAGCAGAGGAUACUGAGGCACAAUUGUUAGAGAGGAUUAAUGAGUCACCAUGGUACGCAAUCCAGGUUGGCAAGUCUACCAAUGUUGACAACAAGGCAACAAUGCCUGUCUUUGUGUAAUAUAUUUUUCAGGAGGAUGUGCAUGACGAUAUGUUAUGUGCACUUUUGUUGCCAGCCAACAUCACAGCUGCAGAACUAUUCAAGUCUCUGAAUGAUUACAUAUCAGGAAAACUGAAUUGGUCAUUUUGUGUCGGUAUAUGCACGGACGGAGUGGCUGCCAUGACUAGACGGCUUUCUGGUUUCACUCCUCAGGUCAAAGAGGUCACUUCUGAAUGUGAGUCUACGCACUGUGUCACCCAUAGAAAAAUGCAGGCUAGCCGAAAAAUGUCACCUGAACUUAACAUUUUGAAGGAUGUGAUUAAAAUUAUCAACCACAUUAAAGUACAUGCCCUUAACUCACGUCUGUUCAUGCAGCUCUGUGAGGAGGUGGACACAGAGCACACACGUCUUUUCUUAUACACAGAAGUGAGAUGGCUUUCUAAGGGUAGAUCACUUGCCAGAGUUUUUGAGUUAUGAGAGCCACUCCAGAGAUUUCUUUUAGAAAAGCAGUCACCACUGGCAGCACAGUUCAGUGACAUGGAAUGGGUCGCAAAACUUGCUUACUUGUGUGACGUAUUCAACCUGCUCGAAGAACUCAGUCUGUCACUUCAGGGGAGAACGACAACUGUGUUCAAGUUGGCAUUCAAAGCCAAACUGGAAUUAUGGGGGUGACGAGUGAACAUUGGGAUUUUUGACAUUUCAAACAUUAGCAGAGAUUUUGAAAGAGACUGAGCCAGGGCCUUCUUUCUCCCAGCUGGUGCAUGAUCACCUGUCUCAGCUUUCAAAAGGGUUUGAGCAUUACUUCCCAACCACAAAAGACCCCCGAACUGGGAAGGAAUGGAUCCACGACCCAUUUGUGAGUAAACCAGGUGAAUCGACUUUGUCGGUGCUAGAAGAGGAUCAGCUGCUUGAGAUCGCAAAUGAUGGUGGCCUUAAAAGUAUGUUUGAGACAACUUCAAAUCUCCAUACGUUCUGGAUUAAAGUCAAGGCAGAAUAUCCUGAGAUUGCCACAAAAGCACUGAAAAGCCUGCUUCCAUUUCCAACAUCUUUCUUUGUGAAGCAGGGUUUUCUGCAGUGACAGCAACCAAAACGAGAUUAUGGAGUAGACUGGACAUAAGCAACACACUUCAAGUGUCACUGUCUCCCAUCACCCCCAGAUGGGAUCAUCUAGUUGCAGAAAAACAAGCUCAGAGCUUGCACUGAUUCUGCAUUAUGGUGAGUUGUUUAAUUAUUUCAUUAUAUAUUACAAUGUAAUAAUAAUAGAAAUAAAGUGCACAAUAAAUGUAGUGCUCUUGAAACAUCCCAAAACCAUCCCCCCGGCCCCGGUCUGUGGAAAAAUUGUCUUCCAUGAAACCGGUCCCUGGUGCCAAAAAGGUUGGGGACUGGUGAUUUAAUGGUAAUUUAAAAUAUGAAACCAAGGCAUCCCCAAUGUUCUGUAUACCUCACCUACACACACACCUAACCCAUGGCUGGAUCCCUGUGUAUACCCCAGAGAGUGGUGAGAGUGAACCUUUGCAGGUGCCUGGUGAGCACGUGCAGAAAUCCUGACUCUGCAGGAUUGGGAGAAAGUACACAGAUUUGAACAUUCAGCAGUGCCCAAGGGAAAGCAAACAGGAGGCUGUCAGGACUCAGUCUAGCUUUGUAGUAUAAAGAGAAGGCAGAGAAUCUUAAGAAUUCCCCCCUAGGAGGGAUCAAGAAAUAUGUAACAGGCAUAUCCAUAGAAAAGUUCUGGAAGAGCCUCAGAAUCCCUGGCAGAACUGACAGAAGGUAUUUCUCCUCCAAAGCCCAUCACUAAAGACUGGAAGAGAUGGCUGCCUCUUCAAAUGUGAAGAUGGCCAUUCAACACUUCAUGGGACAUGAAAAAUAAAGAAACAUGAUAAUUUUUCAGUAACUGAUCCCAAAGGAGUGGAGAUCUGUGAUUUGCCAGAUAAGGAAUUCAAAUUAGUCAUUAUAAAGAAGUUCAGCAGGCUACAAGAAAACAUGAAGACAAUUCAAUGAAAUAAGAAAAAUAAUACAUGAAUAAAACAAGAAGUUUAACAGAGAGCUAGAUCUCAUGAAAGAGAGCCAAGCAAAUUCUGGAGCUGAAUUCUACAAUGAAUGACAUGAAAAGUGCAAUAGAGAGCAACAGCAGAGUUGAUCAAGCAGAAGAAUCUCAGUAAUACAGCAAGUUGAAGACAUGUCAUUUGUUCUCUCUCUCAGUAAGACAGGAAGUUGAAGACAAGUCAUUUGACAUUAGUCACUCAGGAAAGAACAAAGUAAAAGGAAUGAAAACGAGUGAAGAAAGCCUGCGUGAAUUAUGGAUACCAUCAAAAGAGACAGUCUAGGCACUAUUGGAGUCCCAGAAGAAGAAGAAAGGGAAAAGGGGGCAGAAAGUUUACUUUAAAAAAUAAUGGCUUAGAACUCCCCAAAUCUGGGGAGAUAUUUGGACAUUCAGGUUCAUGAAUCUCAUAGGUCCCCCAAAAGAUUGUUGAAUCUUUUUGUUUUGAAUCUUCUCUAAGACAUUAAAAUAAAGCUGUCUAAAAUCAAAAAUAAAGAGAGAAUUUUUAAUGCAGCAAGAGAAAAAAAAAAAAAAAGUCCUCACAUACAAGGGAACCCCCAUAAAGCUAUCAGAGAAUAUCCCAACAGAAAUCUUGCAGGCCAGGAGAGAGUAGAAUGAUAUAUUCAAAGUGUUGAAAGAAAAAACUGCCAACCUAGAAUACUUUACCUAGCAAAGCUGUCCUCCAGAAAUGAAGGAGAGAUAAAGACUUCCCCAGACAAACAAAAGCUGAGGGAAGUCAUCACCACUAGACAUGCCUCACAAGAAAUGCAGAAAGGAGCUCUUCAAGCUGAAAUUAAAGGAUGCACAUUAGUGACAUGAAAGCAUAUGAAAAUAUAAAUCACCCUGGUAAAGGUAUGUACAUAAGCAAAUUCAAAAUAUUCUGAUACUGUAUAUGGUGAUUUGUUAAUCACUAAAGUUUAUUAUAAAGGUUAAAGGACAAAAGUAUUAAAAUAACUAUAGCCACAAUAAUUAAUUAAUUAAUUGGUUGCACCAGGUCUUAGUUGUGGCACGUGUGCCCUUAGUUGCAGCUCACAGACUCCUCAUUUGCGACAUGUGGGCUCCCUAGUUGUGGCAGGCGGGCUCCUUAGUUGUGGCAGCUGGGCUCCUUAGUUGUGGCUCUCUGGCUCUUUAGUUGUGACAUGUGAAAUCUUAGUUGCAGCAUGUGGGAUCUAGUUCCCUGACCAGGGAUUGAACCCGGGCCCCCUGCAUUGGGAGUGAGGAGUCUUAACCACUGCACCACCAGGGAAGUCCCACAAUAAUUUAUUAAUUGAUACAGAAUAUAAAAGAAUGUGAACUGUGACAUCAAAAGUAAAAUGGGAGGGCUUCCCUGGUGGCGCAGUGGUUGAGAAUCUGCCUGCCAAUGCAGGGGACAUGGGUUCGAGCCCUGGUCUGGGAAGAUCCCACAUGCCACGGAGCAACUAGGCCCGUGAGCCACAAUUACUGAGCCUGCACGUCUGGAGCCUGUGCUCCGCAACAAGAGAGGCCGCGAUAGUGAGAGGCCCGUGCACCACGAUGAAGAGUGGCCCCCACUUGCCGCAACUAGAGAAAGUCCUCGCACAGAAACAAAGACCCAACACAGCCAUAAAUAAAUUAAUUAAUUAAAUAAAUAAACCCAAAGUUAAAAAAAAAACAAAAAGCCUGUCAUCUUUAAAAAGAAAAAAAAAAAAGUAAAAUGGGAGAAGGAAAUAAAAGGGUAGAGUUUUUAUAUGCAAUCAAAUUUAAGUUGUUACCAGCUUAAAAAAACUGUUAUAACUAUAAGAUGCUUUAUGUAAGCUUUAUAGUAACCACAAAGCAAAAACCUACAGUAGAUACACAAAAGAUAGAAGAGAAUCAAAGCAUACCACUAUUGAAAAUUAUUAAUUCACAAAGGAAGACAGUGAACCAGGAAGACAGGAACUAUAAAGCAUCCAGAAAACAAUAAGAUGGUAUUAAUAAGUCCUUACAAUCAAUAACUACUUAAAAUGUAAAUGGAUUAAAUUCUCCAAUCAAAAGGAACAAAGUGGCUGAACAGAUAAAAAGCAAGACCCAACUUUAUGCUGCCUACAAGAGACUCACUUCAAUUUUAAGAACACACAUAGGCUCAAAGUGAAGGGAUGGAAAAAGAUAUUCCAUGCAGAUGGAAACCAAAGGAGAGCAGGGAUAGCUAUACUUAUAUUAGACAAAAUAGGCUUAAAUCAGAAACUGUAAUAAGAGAAAAAGAAAUUCAUUAUAUAAUGAUAGAGGAGUCAACUUAUCAGGAGGGUAUAACAAUCAUAAAUAUAUAUGCACCCAACAAUGGAGCACCUAAAUAUUUUAUCAAAUGCUCCCAGCUCUGAAGGGAGAAAUAGACAACAAUACAAUAAUAGUUAGAGCCUUCAAUGCGCCACUUUCAACAAUGGACAGAUCAUCCAGACAAAAAAUCAAGAAAGAAACAUUGGAUUUGAACUAUACUUUAGACCAAAUCAAUCUAACAGAUACAUAUAGAACAUUCCACCCAACAGCAGCAGAAUACACAUUUUCUUCAAGCACACAUGAAAGAUUCUCCAGGAUAGAUUAUAUUGUUAGGUCACAAAACGAGUAUUAACAAAUUUGAGAAGAUAGAAAUCAUACCGACCAUCUCAUCUCAUUUUCUUACCAAAAUGGUAUGAAACUAGAAAUCAGUAACAGGAGCAGAAAACAAAGGGAACAGAAACCAAUGAAAUAGAAAACAAAUGGACAACAGAGAAAAUUCACAAAUGUGUGGAAAUUAAACAACACACUCCUUUUUGUUUUGUUUAUGGUUUCCUUUCCUGUGCAAAACUCUUAAGUUUAAUUAGGUCCCGUUUGUUUAAUUUUGUCUUUAUUUUCAUCACUCAAGGAGAUGGCUUGAAAAAGAUAUUGCUGCAAUUUAUGUCAAAGAGUGUUCUGCCUAUGUUUUCCUCUAAGAGUUUUAUAGUAUCUGGCCUUACAUUUAGGUCUUUAAUCCAUUUGAGUUUAUUUUUGUGUAUGGUGUUAGGGAAUGUUCUAAACAACACACUCCUGAACAAACAAUGAGUCACAGAAGAAAUCAAAAGGGAAAUUUUUAAAAAUUCCUUGAGACAAACAAAAAUGAAAACACACUAUACCAAAAC